AUAAUUGCCUGGGCCCUUAGGAAUACCAAAAAUUAGGUGAGUGUGUAAUUGAACAUGUUUGAUGUGUAAAUUAAUCAUCGUGAGCGCAGAAAAACACCAUCGGACAGCAAACUGAUCAAUCAUUGAGGACCUCCAUGGAUACAUCGAUCGAACGUACAGACAUGAUCACUCGGCCAUGUGAUUCAGUCCAAUCCUGCACCGAAAGGAGGAAGUAUCUCAACCGUCUGCUGGCCUUAUACGAGACCCUGGAUGCCAAUUUGCAUAUGAACUUGAUCUGAUCGAGAAAGGCUAGUCGGUGGAACCAGCGCUCAUCAUGAAUGUCUGGGAUUGAUUUAUCAGCGGGUCAUGGUUCGAGACACACCAUAGCAUCCACGCAGACUUCGAUUACGAACGAAUCUGUGUAUUUAUCAUUAUGGAGCCGCCAUUAUUGAAAAUGGUGCUGUUUGUAGCUGUGAUUAUUGCAAGUGUGAUUACGAUGGGUCGAGGUACACUCAAUGAGUGUGAAGGUACUGAGUGCGUUCCUGUACUCGAGUACCAACUACAGAAAUCUGCAGGGGUACAGCAUACCAACCUUCACCAAGAGCUCGGUACGGUACGCGAACUAGGUGUGAAAACAGACAGAGAACCGAUCGUUUAUGAUCCGAAGGUCACCAUCAACGAACCUAGUGAUCCCACAACUCCUUCUUGUAAUCUGUCCGAGGUUCAGGGUUUCAUCAAUUCGGAACUGGAGAGAACGGCUGAGAUGUACUCGAGAGAUGAAGAAGAGAUUCGACUGCAGGUGUUUCAGCUGCAAGAGGCAUUCGCAGACUUCGCUGCAAACAUCAGAAGAAGGAGAGCUCCUCUGCCAUUGAUUUCUGAACCUACCACAGCCCAUCAGCCGAUUUCUGAACCUACCGCAGCUCCCCUCCCUAUGGAUUGCACGGAAGCCGCAACAAGGGGCGUGGCAGAGAGUGGUGUUUACAUGGUCCAGCCACGAGACGGAGGGGCGGCGAUUGAGGUGUACUGUGAUAUGGAUACUGACGGCGGUGGUUGGACGGUAUUUCAGCGUCGACAGGACGGUUCAGUUGACUUCUACCGUGACUUUGAGGGUUACCGGCAGGGUUUUGGUGACCUAGAGGGUGAGUUCUGGCUGGGUAAUGACAACUUACACCGGCUGACCGCCCAGGAUGAUUACGUACUGCGAGUCGAUCUGACAGACUUCGAAGGAAACUCCACCUACGCGAGCUACGCCUCGUUCAAUAUUGCUGAUCCGUCGGACUUCUACCGCUUAACCAUAGAGGGCUACUCAGGAACGGCUGGUGACUCGUUAGCCAACCAUAACGAUAAGCAGUUUACGACCUACGACGUGGACAACGAUGAUUGGACCAGAAACUGCGCUGAACAGUUCGUCGGGGCCUGGUGGUACGCUGGCUGCUACAAAUCACAUCUGAAUGGGCGAUACGUCGGGGAACCAUACCAGGGCGUGGCUUGGUUUACUUGGAAAUCGAACUACGACUCUCUCAAGGCUUCCGAAAUGAAAUUCAGAAAGAAAAGCUUUUGAAAAACAAACAAAAUAUGAGAUCUGCUUGAUUUGGUAUAACCAGUUGCUUUUAUCCCUUUUUGGAACCCGACAUCUAUACGUCAACAUA